AUGAGGGCGGUGAGGGGAUCCGUGGUCCGCUCGAAGCACAUCUCUCUCGCGAAGGCCUCCGCCGUUCUCUCCCGCUUCGCCGCGAACGAGAAUGCCGCCCGCCCGGAUGUCGCCGCCUACGUCCGCUGCGCCUCCGCUGCCUUUGACGAGCUCGUCAGCUUCUGUCACGAGAUCCGAGCCGCCAGCAAGCGCUCCGAGCUUGAGAAGUCGUUGAUGGAGGAGGAGGGGGACGAGGAGCGGAACAAGAAAAAGAGGAGGAGGAGGGGCAGAGAUGAGCAAGUCGAUGGAGAGGUUGUGGAAGACGCCGAUUUGGUGGAUCGAUAUGGUAAUCGUUGUGGAGGCGUAGGUGACUCUGGUAGCGACGUGGAGAGGAAGAAAAAGAAGGCUAGAAUCGAAGCCAAUGAGGAAGAAAGAAGCAAGCUUUCAAAAGAAGAAUUAGGGCAACUAAAGGAUAAAAAAGAACAGUAUAAUAAGAGAAAGAAGAACAAAUGUUAG